ACACGGGGGGAAAUACUCAAAUUCCCUGUUACUCAUUCUUGACCUCCUGUCAGACACAACAAUAGAGAAAUUGUUUAAGUGAACGGUGCUCAAGCCGUCGAAAUUCAGGAUAUAAAUUUGUCAAGUCGAUUUUUUAUUGUUGAUAAUGGAUGAUCGAAGUGAAAUAGCUCAGGAUGGUCCCGCCGGCAUGGACCCCGAGGGAGUCAUCGAGUCCACCUGGCAUGAGGUGUACGACAAUUUCGAUGACAUGAACUUGCGUGAGGAGCUGCUGCGCGGCAUCUACGGUUAUGGUUUCGAGAAGCCGUCUGCCAUCCAGCAGCGCGCCAUCAUUCCUUGCGUCAAGGGUCGCGAUGUCAUUGCCCAGGCGCAGUCGGGAACUGGCAAGACUGCCACCUUCUCGAUCGCCAUCCUUCAGCAGAUCGACACGUCCAUCCGCGAGUGCCAGGCCCUGAUCCUGGCCCCAACUCGCGAGCUGGCCACGCAGAUCCAGCGCGUCGUUAUGGCGCUGGGCGAGUACAUGAAGGUUCACUCGCACGCCUGCAUUGGCGGCACUAACGUGCGCGAGGAUGCUCGCAUUCUGGAGUCCGGCUGCCAUGUGGUAGUGGGCACACCUGGCCGUGUGUACGACAUGAUCAACCGCAAGGUGCUGCGCACGCAGUACAUCAAGCUGUUCGUUCUCGACGAGGCGGACGAGAUGUUGUCGCGCGGUUUCAAAGACCAGAUCCAGGACGUGUUCAAGAUGCUGCCCCCCGAUGUGCAGGUCAUCCUUCUGUCCGCUACCAUGCCCCCAGAUGUGCUGGAGGUGAGCCGUUGCUUCAUGCGUGAGCCCGUUAGCAUCCUGGUCAAGAAGGAGGAGCUGACACUCGAGGGUAUCAAGCAGUUCUACGUGAACGUCAAGCAGGAGAACUGGAAGCUUGGAACUCUAUGCGAUUUGUACGACACCCUCUCCAUCACCCAGUCGGUUAUCUUCUGCAACACUCGUCGCAAGGUCGACCAGCUGACCCAAGAGAUGUCGAACCACAACUUCACCGUCUCGGCCAUGCACGGUGACAUGGAGCAGCGCGAUCGCGAGGUCAUCAUGAAACAAUUCCGUUCAGGCUCUUCUCGUGUCCUGAUUACCACUGAUUUAUUGGCGCGUGGUAUUGAUGUGCAGCAGGUGUCGUUGGUCAUCAACUAUGACCUGCCCUCCAACCGCGAGAACUAUAUUCAUAGAAUCGGUCGCGGUGGCCGAUUCGGUCGCAAGGGUGUUGCGAUCAACUUCAUUACCGACGAUGAUCGACGAAUCCUUAAGGAUAUUGAACAAUUCUACCACACAACUAUUGAGGAAAUGCCUGCUAAUAUUGCCGAUUUGAUUUAAAAUUUUUCUGUUGAGCCGCAAAACAACAACUACGAAUUCUAAUUAAAAAAAAACAAAAAGCAGAAGCGACCAACGACACGGACUAGAAACGGGCAACAACAACCAACAACAACACCAACAUCUUUGACAGCGGCGCUCCAGCUGCAGCUCCAGCACCAACAUCAGCAUCAGCAUCGGCAGCCAAUGGCAGCAACAACAUCCAGUCGCCGGGUCAUCCAACAUCUCGCCAAGCAGCAGCAGCAGCCGCCGACACCGCCGCCACCCUGUAUUCAUUUAGUUCCUCCUUGUGUAACAUCAAUUUUAAAACUGCGUCGUCAACCAGCAACAACAAAAUAUAUACAAAUAUAUACAAAAACCAUUUGCAUCUAUCUAAAGAAAGUAAUAAUACUACUGAAGCCCAAGUGCCCCCAAGGAAGGCAGGCACUUGCUAAAACGGGUUGACAACUUAAAGCAAAAGCCACACCAUCACCAUCUUUUUGCCACACCUUUGUUUUAGCUUUUUCUAGAACUAUUGAUAAAAUAUAUUAAAAACAACACAAA